AUGGAGGUAAAACAAGCAUUAUUCAUGAUGCACCCGGACAAAGCCCCCGGGCCAGAUGGAAUGACAGCUUUAUUUUUUCAAAAGGCUUGGACAGUUGUUAAGGAUGAUUUGGUGGCUUUGGUUAAUCGGUUUUUUGAGGAAGGUGAAUUUGAUAAAAGUUUGAAUCAAACGCAUAUCUGUCUCAUCCCGAAGGUGGCAAAACCGACCCGGAUGGCGGAGCUGCGUCCUAUUAGCCUGUGCAAUGUGGGAUACAAGAUCUUGUCUAAGGUUCUCUGUAACCGGCUCAAGUGGUUUUUACCCGGUCUAAUCUCGGAAACACAAUCAGCGUUUGUCUCGGGACGUUUGAUCUCAGAUAACAUCCUGAUAGCUCAAGAGAUGUUUCAUGGUCUGCGAACUAAUAAUUCAUGUAAGGGGAAGUUUAUGGCAAUCAAGACAGAUAUGAGUAAGGCAUACGAUAGGGUUGAGUGGGAUUUUGUGGCGGCAUUAUUACGGAAGAUGGGUUUUGCGGAGAGGUGGAUCUCAUGGAUGAUGUUUUGUAUUUCAUCGGUAGAGUACAAGGUUCUUAUUAAUGGGCAGCCAAAUGGACGGAUUGUUCCGGCACGGGGUUUAAGGCAAGGGGACCCGCUCUCCCCUUACUUGUUUAUCUUAUGCACGGAGGUCCUCAUUGCAAAUAUUCGUAAGGCGGAGGCUGAUAAGCGGAUCACUGGUAUCAAGGUAGCAAAUAAAUGCCCGCAAAUAACACAUUUGCUAUUUGCGGAUGAUAGUUUGUUUUUCUAUAAGGCGGAUAAGGAGCAAUGCGGCGUGGUCCUAGCCAUCCUCAAACAAUAUGAGGCUGUCUCAGGGCAACAGAUCAAUUUCGCGAAAUCCUCAAUCCAGUUCGGUCACACUGUCGAUGAACGGGUCCAGACGGAGCUCCAUGGGGUCCUUGGGAUCACAAAUUUGGGAGGUAUGGGAUCGUAUUUAGGGAUUCCAGAGAGUUUGGGAGGGUCCAAGACUAAGGUUUUUUCUUAUGUCAGAGACCGUCUCCAGAGUAGGACAACGGGUUGGUCAGUGAAAUUGCUAUCCAAAGGGGGCAAGGAGGUGAUGGUCAAGUCUGUUGCGACGGCCGUUCCCACUUUCGUGAUGUCUUGUUAUCGGUUGCCUAAAACGAUUACUUCAAAGCUCACCAGUGCAGUGGCAAAGUUUUGGUGGAGUUCUAAUGGUCAGUCCGGGGGUAUGCACUGGAUAGCUUGGGAAAGACUCUGCUGUAGUAAGCAGAUGGGUGGUUUGGGAUUCAGGAACGUUGAUGACUUUAACACGGCCCUUUUGGCCAAACAAUUAUGGCGGCUGAUUGAGUUUCCGGACUCGCUGUUUGCCAGGGUUUUCAAAAGCAGAUACUAUCGGAACUCGGAUCCUCUGGAUCCUAUACGGUCCUACUCCCCUUCUUAUGGGUGGAGGAGUAUCGUAUCAGCUCGAUCAUUGGUAAACAAAGGGCUUAUUAAACGGGUUGGCUCAGGUGACACCAUCUCUGUAUGGACUGAUCCUUGGGUUCCAGCUCAAUUCCCAAGACCAGCUUUAAGUAACGGUCCUUUUAAGGACCCAUCUAUUCGUUUGACACAAUUUAUGGAUUCUCAGUCGAAUUCUUGGAAUAGGGAUCGGCUCGUUGAGCACUUUGAUCCGGGGGAUGUUGCUUUGAUUGAGGCGAUCCCUUUCUCCAGCCUCCCUUUGAAAGAUUCUUUCGGGUGGCAUUUCACCAAAUCUGGUAAAUAUACUGUUAAAUCAGGGUAUGAAACGGCACGUCUGGGAAUGUCGAACACUUUCCAAGCAGUGGGUUGUGGUCCGGAGAUCACCCCACUUAUUGCUAAGGUGUGGCAGGUCCACUGUCCUCCAAAGUUAAGGCAUUUUAUGUGGCAGGUAUUGUCCGGCUGCGUUCCGGUUAAUGCAAAUUUGUGUAGGCGUGGCAUUAAUUGUGAGGUAGGCUGUACUCGGUGUGGGGCGGAGGUGGAAACCAUUAAUCAUGCUAUUUUUCGGUGUCCACCAGCUCGUCAGGUCUGGGCUCUGGCUCAUGUACCUGUCGGAUCUCUCCAUUUUCCGUCAGAAUCAGUCUAUGCUAAUGUAGAUCAUUUUUUGGGCUCUACGAAUCCGGGUUCACAGAUCCAAAUCUUUCCUUGGCUCAUGUGGUAUAUCUGGAAAGCCCGGAAUGCUCGGGUUUUUGAGAAUCAAAUGGAACAGCCUGAGGAUAUUGUGCGUGUCGCGCAAGAUGGCUCUUGGAAAGAGACAGACGCAUUUGCAGGCGCAGGAUGGGUUUGUACUUCUUCUCAGGGUGUGUCACCUAUCCUCGGCGCUACUAACUACCGGCGUAGUCUAUCUCCGUUACAUGCGGAGAUUGAAGCUUUCAUCUGGGCGAUGCGGUGUAUGAUUGGCCAUGACUUCCGGGACGUGGCUUUCUUCACAGACAGUUCGGAUUUGGUGAAGAUGGUGUCUUCCCCACAUGACUGGCCGGCCUUUGCAACCUACUUGGAGGGAAUCAAGCUGGAUCGAGAGGAGUUUUCUUCUUUCUCUUUAUCUUAUAUUUCUCGAAAUGCUAAUGUUAGAGCGGACUCUUUGGCACGUCAAGCGCGCCUAUCUCCGCUUCAUGUUUUGUUUGUAAACAAUUUUCCCCCAAAUUGGCUCAUUUGA